GAUUAUGAAUUGAAUUAACGAGCUUACAAAUGUACGAUUGGAGUUUAUCUCCGUUAUCUUAUUUUAAUAAAAAGUGAAAUGGAGAAUUUGCAUAUUUAAUUUUAAUUGGGGUUUCGGACAGAGAGUACUUGAAAUCUAUCGUCAAGUGUCAUUAGUUUUAGAUGGUAAUUUAUUCGGAUACACUGUUACGAAAUAUUUUACAAUCGGAUGUAUGUUUGCUUGUGAUUUAAGAUAUUGCCAAUUAAUUUUGUUAUCAGUGAGUGUUAACCACGUAUACCCCCGUCGGUGCUAGUGGGUGACAUCCCCAAACUGCUUAAAGUGUCUUAUCUAUUUAUCACUUAAUACAAAACCGUCCCGAAUAAUAAUGAGCCAUUCAGACAGCGCUGGCAUCCAUCGCGGAGUGACUACACUUAAAUUUACAAAAACGGAUCUGUCUAACAAAACGGAUUCCGCCGUACGGUUUAACGCCGCUGGUGGGGGUGCGAAUUCAGGUUUAAGUUUCAGUAAUCCAAAUUUUGGGGACGGAAGUAAUUCUACUCCAGCAGCCAUGGCAGAAAAUUAUAGAGAAUUCGACAAGUCGGACACAUCUCCGAUUAUUCCGGAAAUACGGAUAAGUACGUAUUCCUUUCGGGUAAGGGAAAUUAUCCUAGGCGUAGUCUCAGUUGUUGCUAUUAUCGGCUGUUUAGUGCUCAUUGCUCUGGUAGCAACAAACAGUAAUUCCGACGACACUACGUCGUCGGUAACGAGUGCUCAGAAGGCAAUCCGGACUUUAUGCACGGAAGCCUCGUGCCUGAAAGCUGCGUCGUACGCUGUUUCGAACAUGAAUGCGUCAGUGAAUCCCUGUGAUAAUUUUCAUCAGUAUGCAUGCGGAAACUACCCAGUACUUAAUCCUUUAAAUCCAGACGUAAGUCAGAGGACCAUUUUCUGGAAUCUAUACUACGACAACGAAGAUAAACUGCGGACCAUUCUCGAGGCCCCGCCCACAAGAACAUCGUCUUGGUCGUCUGAGAAGAAAAUAAAAGAUUUCUUCAUGUCGUGCAUUGACGAUUACGGAAAAAUGAAAACUGGCGGGAAAACUUUCAUUGACAAGAUCAUAACGCCUCUAGGGGGAUGGGAUGUAUUGAACAAUUUUAACGCAGCAUCGUUUAAUUUGCAGAACAAUUUGCAGAAAACAAGCGUCGAUUUCUGGACCGCAGCUUUGUUUACGUUCCGUGUAGCAACGGAUAGAUAUGACCGAAGCAACAGAGUUAUCGAGGUCGAUAUGUCAGGUAUGGGGAUGUCGUGGGCUUAUUUUAUUAGAGAUACAACCCAACAGAUUCGAGACGAUUAUAAGAAGUUUAUGAGGACAGUAGCUCAAUUGUUGGUGGCUGAUUCUGGUUUAAAUCUUGACCCUAAUAUAGCGGCCAAUAAAAUCCAAACUUUCGUGGACGACGCAUUUGAUGUCGAGUUUCAGCUCGCUAAUAUUACAGCAAACACAGUUCCUACUGGUGAUCCACACAAUCACGAGAAACGUAUAACUCUGUCCGACCUUACGUCGCAGACGAACAAUGUCGUGGAUUUUGUGAGUUUCUUCCAGUAUAUGUUUGGUUCGUCGAAUGUUAACGGAAACACCCGAGUUAUUCUUAGAGAAGACGAUUGGAUACGAAGAAUGCUCGCAAUGGUUAGCGCAAUUCCGGAAAGUGAUAAAGCCAGAAAGUUUCAAAAUUACAUGAUUUGGCGGCUUGCCCAGUCUUACGCCACUGAGUUAUCCUGGGAAUACAUACAUGCCAGUAGAGAGUUCUUUGUGGACCAGUAUGGGUACCCCUCUUUCUUGGGAACAAACAAGCACUGUUUUGGGCUUGCAGACCGGAAGUUCCCUGACGCCCUCGGAUCUUUGUUUAUUCGAGAUCAUUUUGCAGACACAAAUAAGAAUAAGGCUGAAGAAAUCGUGCGUUAUGUGAAACAGGCCCUUAUUGACUCUGUAGAUAGUAACACGUUUAUGGAUGACACAACGAAACAAAGAGCAAAAGCAAAGCUUUCAGCAUCUACAGAUAAGAUGGGAUAUCCUGACAUUUACAUGAACGAUGCUGACAUUGACAACAUUUAUCAACAGAUAUCAAUCAAUCGAACAGACUACUUCCAAAAUCUCUUGAAUUUGAAUUUGUUCGACAAACAGGAUUGGACCCGUCGAUUAACAUCAGGGGAAGACAGGUCCCGGUGGUUAUAUAAUUCCUACGACACAUCGAUGACGUUUUAUAAUUCUUGGAACCAGCUACUGGUUCCCGCUGGAAUUCUGCAGUUCCCUGUGUAUGAAUGGACUCUUCCACAUUAUUUCAAUUUUGGGUCAAUGGGUGGCCUUAUGGGACAUUAUCUGGUACAUGCUAUAGAUAAUUGGGGUGGUUCCUAUAAUGAGAAUGGGGUCUAUGGUGCCUGGUAUACUAAUGCAUCUCGGACCAACUACCGGAAAGUGGAAACAUGCUUCUCUGAUGCUUAUGAUAAUAAAACUAUGGGACCAUACAAAAUUGUCGGUCAGUCUGCGCCUCAGUCGGUACAGGUGAAUGGUAGACGGUUUGCAUGGGAAGGCCUGGCAGAGACCAGUGGUAUCAGGGUGGCUUAUAAGGCCUAUAAGAAGUGGAUAGCAGACAAUGGGGAAGAGAAACCAACGCCAACACCUCAUUAUACAAACGACCAGAGCUUCUUCUUGGCAUAUGCUCAAACUAACUGUUUCACAAGGACAGAUGCGUUAAGCUACUAUUAUGCCCAGGUACAAAGACUACCCGAGGACGUGAGGACCAACACAGCACUUUCCCUACUGACGGAGUUUACACAGGCGUUCAACUGUCCGGCAGGGUCGAAAAUGAACGCGCCAAAGAAAUGUGAUACAUAUUAAAAUCGCCUGAACAUCAUGAAAAAAAGAUAAAACAUUUUUAUACUCAGAUUUAAAAUACUCAAAUAUCGUGUCAGGAAUUGUUACAUAUAUAUUGAUAAAUGUAUUUUUUCUUCUCAAAGAUGAUUUGAAUGUUAUAAGCAUAUUCAUUCUCUAUUUGAAGAUGGAAUUUUAUAUUUUCUCUCAAAGAAUGAUUUCUGUUGCGGUUUUGUAAAUGACAGAUUGUAAUUUCUGAUCACUUCACAUAGAAUUUGCGCACAAAUGGAGUAAAUCUACCGGUAACGUUCGAAAGGAAGAAAGCAUUCACGUUUUAGUGUUCGUAACGUUUUACAUUUUAUGAUCUGGAUCACGUUACGCUGUACAUCUGCUGACUGUAUUAGGGUCACUAGUGAACAAUUAUUAAUAAAACUGUAGAAACGUACCUGAAACAGUAGAAUUAAACAUGUCUAUAUACAUGUAUAUUACGUUAUAUACAUGUUUAUAUUAUAACUCUGAACCCUAAUACAUGUGCAAGUAUUGUAGAUAUAACAUAUCUUCACUCAAAUACAAGAUAAGACUAUAAUUUUACUGAUAAAUCGAUGUUAUUACAUUUCGCAACGAAAUUCAUUAGACACGUUUGUUUCUUAAAUUAAUUGCCAAUGUCAACUAUAUUAAUAUUGUAUAUAACGUAGAUUGUAUCUCAUGUCAUCAAAUGUUAAAUGAUAUAUAUGCACAUUUGUACUUAAACAUUGCUUACUUAAAUGUGUAUAGUAAAUUUUGAAAUUAAUUUAUUCACAAUUAACUAUGCUAUUCCAGUUUGACUUUUCAUAAAUUAUUUACCAUUUUUCAUUGUAAUUUAAAUCAUAAUGCCUGAAAAUUUAAGAAUUUCUACUGUAUUAUGUUUUUGAGAAUUGUGUAAGGCAGAUUUCAUCUAUUAUACUUUGAAAACAUAUGUAUGUAAGAUGUUUA